AUAUGACAGAAUGAAUGAACAUAGGUAAUUUUUGUAAAAAAUCAUGAGACCAAAAGGAGAUCUUAUACUACUCUUUGAAGUCUCAAAACCACAAGUUAUUAGCCAUACCACUUUCUUACUAAUUUUUGCAAUGGAGAAAGCCUUCAAUUCUUUUCUCUUAACACUACUCUUGUUGCUUUACUAUGUUAUGGCUAGUUCAGCCAUGACCCAAACUAAUAUUACCACUGAUCAAUUAGUUCUUCUCGCUUUGAAAUCCCACAUCAUUUCCGACCCAUUUCACUUCUUGGAUGAAAGUUGGUCUCUGGCUACUUCUAUUUGCCAUUGGAUUGGCGUCACUUGUGGCUCUUGUCACCGAAGAGUGAAGUUCUUGAAUCUUUCCAACAUGACUCUUACAGGCAGAAUUCCACGUGAUUUUGGAAGCCUCACAUUUCUUGUUUCUCUCGACUUGAGAAGGAACAAUUUCCAGGGAAAUUUGCCUCAAGAAAUGGCAUGCUUGCGCCGACUUAAGUUUCUUAGGUUAAGUUUCAACAGCUUCAGCGGGGAGGUUCCUUCUUGGUUUGGAUUUUUACACCAACUUCAAGUUCUAAGUCUUAGGAAUAAUAGUUUCACUGGCUCUAUCCCAUCUUCUUUUUUUAGUAUUACAAAGCUUGAAACUUUGGAUUUAACAUUCAAUUCCUUAGAUGGUCAAUUCCCAAAAGAGAUUAAAGGUGUUGAAAACUUGAGAUAUUUUAGCUUGUACGGAAACAAUCUCAUAGGCUCCAUUCCUCCAUCACUCAUGAAUGCCUCAAGGUUAGAGACUUUGGAUUUAUCUCGAAAUUCAAUUAAGGAAACAUUCCAGAAGAGAUCGGCAAUCUUCACAAUAUGAACUGGUUGGCCAUACAAUAUAAUCAGCUAAUGGGUUCAAUACCAUUCACAAUUUUCAAUAUCUCAAGAAUCGAAGUCAUUUCAUUUACAGGCAAUAGCCUAUCAGGAUAUCUUCCCAAUGGUUUAUGCAAUGGUCUCCCAAUACUCAAAGGGCUUUAUCUAUCUGAAAACAAGCUUCAUGAUCAUAUGCCUACAAUCUUGUCAAAUUGUUCACAACUUAUCAGAAAAUGAGUUUGAUGGACCAAUACAUAGAGAAAUUGGAAGAUUGAGUAACUUGCAGUUCUUGUAUCUCGGAUAUAACCAUUUCACAGGUGAAAUACCCAAAGAGAUAAGCAAUCUCGUUGAGUUGGAGGAACUUAAUCUUCAGAAUAAUAGUUUUAGUGGUUCACUUGAUAUGGAUACCUUCAACAUAUCCGGGCUGAGACUGAUUUCUCUUUCACACAAUAACCUAUCAGGAAGCCUCCCACCAAACAUGUGUUCUGUCAUACCCAACAUUGAAGAGAUUUAUCUGAGUAGCUUAACCAAUCUUGUUGGGACUAUUCCUCAUUCAAUCUCCAAUUAUUCAAAACUUACUCGUCUAGAGCUUUCAAACAACAAACUCACUGUCUUGAUUCCAAACUCACUUGGAUAUUUGACUCAUCUACAGGACCUAAACUUGGGGGGAAACAAUUUAACCAGUGAUUCAUCAUUAAACUUCCUGAUUUCCUUAACCAAUUGUAGAGAUUUAACAUAUCUUUCUCUAUACUUGAACCCUCUAAAUGGCAUGCUUCCAGCUCAGUAGGGAACUUUUCCACAUCUCUUAGAAUAUUUUACGCCAACAGUUGCAAAAUCAAAGGGCGAAUUCCAAAUGAAGUUGGAAACUUAAGCCGGUUAUUAUCCCUUGAUCUUUCUGGAAACAAUUUGGUUGGAUCGAUUCCCACAUCAAUUGGCAACUUGAGAAACCUUCAGCGCUUCGACUUUAGUAACAACAAAUUAACAGGAUUUAUUGUAGAUCAUAUAUGUAAACUGCAGCAUUUGGGUGAAAUUUACUUGGGUCAAAAUCAACAUUCAGGAUCUCUUCCUAAUUGUUUAGGGAAUAUUACUUCCCUUAGGGAGAUACAUCUCGGAUCCAAUAAAUUGAGUUCCAAUAUACCAUCAAGCUUAGGGAACCUUAAAGAUCUAGUUGUUCUUGACUUGUCGUCAAACAACAUGGUUGGUUCUUUACCUCCAGAAAUUGAAAAAUUAAAGGCUGCAAUGCUUAUAGAUCUGUCGAUGAAUCAAUUCUCAAAUGGAAUUCCAAGAGAAAUUGGAGGGUUGCAAAAUCUGGUGCACCUUUCUUUGAGACACAACAAGUUGCAAGGAUCUAUACUUGACUCAGUGUGCAACAUGGUAGGUUUGGAAUUCCUAGACCUUUCUGAUAAUAAUAUAUCGGGAACUAUUCCCAUGUCGUUGGAGAAACUUCAAUACCUCAAAUAUUUCAAUGUUUCUGUCAACAAAUUACAUGGUGAAAUACGCUCAGGGGGUCCUUUCAAGAACCUCUCGAGUCAGUUUUUCAACUACAAUGAAGCACUGUGUGGUUCUUCAAGGUUUAUUGUCCCACCAUGCCCCACUUCAUCAAAGCAUAGAUCUAGUAGGAAAAAAGAGAUUGUUCUUUUUCUUUUGCUUGGAAUUGCCCUAGUAUUUGUUCCUAGCACCUUUGUGUCUUUCUGGAUAAGGUAUAGAAGAGGUAAAAGAGCUCCUCAACAAGCAGACUCUUUGCCUACCGUAACACGAGAAAGAAUUUCAUACUAUGAACUGCUCCAAGAAACGGAUGACCUUAGUGAGAGUAAUCUGAUUGGUUUUGGAAGUUUUGGCUCUGUUUACAAAGGUGUUCUCAGAAGUGGAACUGUCACUGCAGUUAAAGUGUACAACCUGCAACUGGAUGCAGCAUUUAAGAGUUUUGAUACGGAAUGUGAAGUUUUGCGUGGUAUUCGCCAUAGGAAUCUCGUUAAAGUCAUUACUAGUUGUUCCGAUCUUGAUUUCAAGGCUUUAGUGCUUGAGUACAUGCCUAAUGGAAGUCUUGAGAUGCAUUUGUAUUUGCACAACUACUUCUUGGACAUCAGGCAAAGGCUAAGCAUAAUGAUAGAAGUGGCAUGUGCGUUGGAAUAUCUUCACCAUGGGUGCUCAUCGCCGGUGAUCCACUGUGAUCUGAAGACUAGUAACGUCUUGCUGGAUGAGGAUAUGGUUGCCCACCUCAGCGACUUUGGCAUUUUCAAAACUGCUUGGUGAAGAUCAGGGUGAUUUGACCACUAAAACCUUAGCAACAUCGGGGUAUAUUGCACCAGGUACUUCUCUUAGUUUUGCUGAUUAUUCCUUUCUUUUUUUCCCACGUAGAAAGCAUAUUGCAUCUUUAAAUGAAUUGUUUGACGGUAGAGUAUGGACUGGAUGGACUAGUAUCAACAAAGUGUGACGUCUAUAGUUAUGGGGUCAUGUUGCUGGAAACGUUUACUAGGAAAAAGCCUAAUGAGUUUGAGGGUGACCUUAGCUUGAAGCAAUGGGUGAGUUAUUCACUUGCAGAGGCAGUAAUGAACAUCGUAGAUGUCAACUUGGUAACAUCAAUGGGUAAUCGCUUACAGAAGGAGCUAGAUGUUGUGGCUUCAAUCAUUAAAGCUACAUUAGAUUGUUGUGCUGAAUCUCCGGCAAGAAGGACAAACAUGAAAGAUGUUGUAGGGAUGCUGCAGAAAAUCAAGAUUCAACUCCUUGCAUGUUGAGCAUGUUUUUGGAAUCUGUUGUUCCAAUCACAUGAUUGUUGUUUUGUUUUGUUUUAGCACUUGAUUUGUGAAUGAUUCUGUUUUCAGAAAUGCUAGAUGGUUGUAAUAACUCUCACUGUUUCCUCUUAAUAGUAUUGUUUGCAAGGUGUUAA